AUGCGGGCUGGAACUCUUCUAGUGAUCACAGUUUGUGCGCUGUUACUCAUUUCAUCCUUCGAAUGCAAAAAGCCGUCAAAGGAUUCAAAGAAAUCGAAGGAUAAGCAGUACAAGGACAAAAAAGGAGAGACCAAAAUCGAAAAGCAAAAACCACAAAAGGUAGAAAAAGUCAAAGCAGAGAAAGCGGAGAAAGUGGAAAAGCAGCAAGAACCAGAGGAAAUCGAGGUUGAUGAAGUGAUCAUCGAGGCUCCAGAGGUCAGCAACCCGGCCAAGAACAAUGCCAAGGAACAAGUACAUGUGCACGCAGCCGAGUCACUGGUGGACACCAUAAACCAUCAACAACGCAAGCAAAUUAUCAGGCCGAAGUCUCUCAGGGUACAGUUUCUUGCGAAGAUCUUCAAAGAUUAA